AUGGAGGAAAGUAAACCAUCAGCCGCCAAUUCGGGCACAGUGCGGCCAGCCAAAGACACCGGCUUCACACCAGGCGACGACAUAUGGACGCAGAUGAAGAACAUGUUCUCGAUCCUGACGGGGAAGAUGACAGACGAAGGACGGGAACAGUUUCUACUCGCGCGAGACAUUCGAAACGAGGAAAUCGAUUGUAAACGCUGUGAGGACCAGCGCGACUAUCUUAUAAAAUACAGCCCUAUAAUUCGCUUUCUGCAAGACAACAUCAAGCAGCUAGGGGGGGAUAUAUCUAGCUACAACAUCCAUUGCAGACGCUGCACACAGAGACAAGCCGGCGGGUUUGACCCAGAAUACGGCAUACGGAUAUGCGCCAACGCUAUGAAGGACCAGGGUCACAUAGAGGACACCAUGGCGCAUGAGAUGAUACAUGCCUACGACCACUUGCGAUUCAAGUUGGAUUGGACAGAUAAUUUGAGACACGCGGCUUGUGCGGAGGAGUCUAAACGUGUCCUACAUUUAGAUCCGAGCAAGUUCAUUAAGCGGAGAGUGCAGAUGGGCAAGAGAGUUCUUCCGGCGCGGCCAGUGGAAGUUAACACAGCAGCAUCAAGAGUGUGUGCGGCGUCGGGCGGCGCUAUCAGUCAUGGCCAGGCCGGCUUGUAA